CCAACAUGGACGAAGUUGAUCCUUCUUGCAACCCUGUGCAACCUUUACUAGAGAAAGGUGCAGGUGGAGAUGAGAGCCAUGCUGUCAAGAGUGAACCGAGAGUGGACCUGCAGCCGGGCCAGGAGGACUACAGUACAUACGAUAUUGUACGAGCAGUUCAGUUCGGGGUCAUGGCACGGGUUUAUGAACUGGUGGAAGGUGGGCAGGAUGUCAACGAAAUGGACCGAGAAAAUGUCAGCCUGUUACACUGGGCAGCUAUCAAUAACAGAUUAGACAUUGUCAGAUAUUUAAUUUCAAAAGGGGCCAUUGUUGAUAAAUUUGGAGGUGAUCUAGAUUCCACACCUUUACAUUGGGCAACAAGACAAGGACAUAUAUCUAUGGUUGUUCUCCUUCUGGGAUUUGGCGCAGAUCCAACUUUACGUGAUGGACAAG